CAGUCCUGCUCCACACACUACGGCAGCACGAGCAGAGCCAACCCGGGGGACGCACGGACGGGCGGACAGCGUGCAGCGGAACCCAGUGACUCAGAAACCCGUGCACUAAAUGAACUAUAACACCCGGGACUGUAGUGUUGUUGGUGGAGUUGUAGGAGAAGAGCAGAGCGUCGACCCGAGGCGCGCAUGUGCUCACCGGAGAGCGCAUUGAAAACUUGUGCUGCUGCUCCGCCUGUGGGACCGACGUGAGAGGAGACGGAGGAGCUAAUCUUUGACUGCACACGGGCUGGUAUCUGAAGCUGCAACACAAGGACCACCAGAGCGACCCCAAAGCCGACCUCUGCCUCCCCUCUCUCUCAUGCCUGCAUUGAUGUGGGGCAGCGGGAGGGGAGCGGCACCACCAGCGAAAACUUAAGAGAAAUACUACAAACUGAGUGCGUGAAAUUUAGAGAAGUUGUUAUUGGAAAGCUGUCAUGGAGAACAACCAAGCGGGCGAACCUCAUGGCUGCGAGGACGUGAGGAAGAGCGGCUACCUCCGUAAGCAGAAGUCCAUGCACCGUCGGUACUUCGUGCUUCGGACCGCUUCGGAGCGUGGCCCGGCCCGGCUCGAGUAUUACGAGAGCGAGAAGAAAUUCCGCGGUAAGGCCCCCGUCCCGAAGAAAGUCGUGGCGCUGGAGACAUGCUUCAACAUCAACAAGCGGGCCGACUCCAAAAACAAGCACAUGAUCGUCCUCUACACGCGCGCGGAGAGUUUUGCCGUGGCUGCGGAGAACGACACGGACCAGGACGAGUGGUAUCAGGCCAUGGUGGAGCUGCAGUGCAAAUGUAAAAAUCCGACAGACAAUGGGGCUGCAGAGGACUACGGCGUGCCCAAUCCUGGACCGGCUUUCAAAGAAGUCUGGCAAGUGAAGGUGUGGCCAAAAGGCUUGGGCCAGGCCAAGAACUUGGUGGGGAUCUACCGCCUCUGCCUCACUGACAAGACUGUCAACUUUGUCAAACUCAACUCGGAUGCUGCUGCUGUAGUUCUACAACUGAUGAAUGUCCGACGAUGUGGUCACUCUGAAAACUUCUUCUUUGUGGAGGUUGGACGGUCCGCCGUAACAGGCCCUGGCGAGUUUUGGAUGCAGGUGGAUGAUUCCGUGGUGGCCCAAAACAUGCAUGAGACUCUAUUGGAAGCCAUGAAGGCGCUGAGUGAGGAGUUUCGCCAACGGAGCAAAUCUCAGUCCAGCUCUGGCCCAGGAGGCGGGGCCACGGCCUCUAACCCCAUCAGUGUUCCCUCACGUCGCCACCACCCAAACCCUCCUCCUAGCCAAGUGGGCUUCACCCGUCGGCCCCGAACUGAGCCUCCAGGGGGGGCUAAUGGAGGAGGUGCUGGGGUGGGCAGUGCCAAUGCCUCACCUACUCCGAGGCACAGUUUUCCCAGAUCCCGUACUGCCAGUGAUGGAGGUAAGACUGAGGAAGGUGGAGUAGGGACCACCCCUCUACAAGGACCAAGUUCCAGCCCCUCAAUCAAUGGAUCCUGCUCUACCACCCCAAUCCUCAGGUCAAAAUCCACCCGUUCAGUCCCUACAACAGCUGCUAAAACUCUCGGACUAAUGAGGUCAAUUUCCACCCCAGCAUCUUCUGUAACCCCAAACCUGUCAUGUAGCUCAGGCCACGGCUCAGAUUUUAGUGGAGUACCAUCUUCUGCCCCUGGUCCUGGCUCUGGUGCAUAUAGUCAUGUACCCACUCAUCGAGCAUCUGUUUCCGGUUCCCCCAGUGAUUAUUGCUCCUCUGAUGAGUACGGCUCCAGUCCUGGUGACCACACACUGUUGCCCUCCCCAAGUCUCCCUGGAAGUUCUAUGGGAAGUGUAGGUAGCCAGUCCUUAGGAGAUGAGGGAGCUAAUUAUAUUCUAAUGGGACAGCGAGGUAGUGAGACUGGCAGUGCUAAUCAAGGAAGUUUAAACAAUAGCCCCAAGCCAGUAUCAGGCAGCAGUGCUCAGUCUCAGAGCAGGAGAGUUUUGCGGCGUUCUUCCAGUCGUGAAUGUGAAGCAGAGCGGAGGUUGUUAAGUAAGCGGGCGUCACUUCCUCCAAUGGCUCUGGAGAGACUGGCACCUCGGCAGAGAAGGGCAGAGGAGCCUACAGAUGAAGAAUCGGCUGACUAUGCCAUCAUGUCGCGAAGUACAAGCCGUGAAUCUUUCACUUCAACUCCUUCUUCCACACAGAGACAGUCAGUCGCAGGUGGGAGUGGCGGAAGUGGUGGGAGUGGAUACUUGGAUGUAGCUAGUGAGUUUAAAACUGAAGGAGGAGGUGGGAAUAUAGAUGUUGGCGUGGACAAUGGUUAUAUGUCAAUGUUGCCUGGUGUUACUCAGCCCCAGGCUUCAGUCUCCCAGUCCAUGGCUGUGUCUGUCCCUGAAUUGGAGUCUAAACCUGCAGAUGACUAUAUGGCCAUGACACCAAACAAUAGUGUUUCCCCUCCACAACAAAUCAGGCCUCCAACCUCAGAUGGCUAUAUGAUAAUGUCACCCAACAGCAGCUGCUCUCCAGACCAGCGAGGGGGGCUAUCGGGCGGGGCUUGGGUAAGCAGCGGCAGUGCAGACAGCAGGGCAGGAAGUGACUAUAUGAACAUGUCCCCUAUCAGUGCACGCUCUGUUAACGGCAGUCCUCCUCCGGAUCACACCGGACAUUUGGAAAACAGUUCUCAUCAGCAAACCCCCAAGAUGGUGUACUCUUACUACUCUCUGCCUCGCUCAUACAAACAUAACCCCUCUGGACAUUUUGAUGAUGGGCCGGGGAGAGGCAGGAGGGCCAGUGCUAGCAGGGGUAUUGGAGGAGGGCGGGCUGCAUCGGGGCGCCAGGAGCAAACGGCACCUGGUAAUUCAGCCAGUGGUCGUCAUCUGUCUCUGUCAUCAUCCUCCUACUCCUCCAGUUCAGCCAGCAGCGAAAGCCUGGGGGAAAGCGAAGAGAGACCGCCCCUCGGAGCAAGUAGUAAAGCAACAUCAUCUCACCUCAAAGAUGGAAAUAAGCCACCACAGAAACAGACUUCAAAUGGGUUGCCAAAACAAGGUGGUCACACUAAAAGUAGACCUGUGAGCUUGUUCGUUGAUAUUUCAAAAGCCAAUACACUUCCUCGUGUGCGGGAGAAUCCACUGCCCCCAGAACCCAAGAGUCCUGGGGAGUAUGUUAGCAUUGAGUUUAAGGAAGAGAAGAGCAGCCAUGUUCGUGUUGGAGGAGGUCGUGGGAGGGGUCUCAGACAUGGCCUAUCCCUGCCCCAUGGCUCCAGUACCCAGCAAACCCAGAACAGACCAGUUUCUUGCCUGGGUAACUUUAUCCCUCUCUCCCGCAGCCCAUCCGCCCCCAUCACGCCACCAGCCUCUUCUGAGUAUGUUAACAUGGACUUAGGCCCCUCUCCUUCACCAUCACCUCAUUCACACACCCCUUUAGUUUUUCCUACUUUCCACAGUCCACCCACCCCACCAGUGCUGGCCCAUGCACCCAAAUCUAGCAAUGAGGGGACAACCAGUUUGAAUGAAGAGCAGGUGGAAGUGGCAGAAGCCCCACGUCGCAAAAGCAGAGAAAAAGCCCCCUCAGUUACUGAAUCUGAGUCCCCAACAUCCUGCAAUGACUACACAGAGAUGGCCUUUAGCUUGAAUAGCAAUGCCACCACUACCAGUGUCUCCCCUGAGGCUCCUUCCCCAAACAGAACUGAACCGUCUGUCCCCGUCCUGUCCAGAGGUCUGGACUUCCCUCUCACCAAAGGACCCAACCCAGACCAUGGCGCCAAAGUAAUUCGGGCAGAUCCCCAAGGACGAAGAAGGCACUGCUCAGAAACCUUUUUGGCUCCACCACCUGUUCCCACCUCUACAUCCACAUCCUCAACUUCCACUGCCACUCUUUUCCCAGAGCAUGCCCAGGCUGUAGCACGCCGUUUGGGGUUCGACGGCAUGCUUUGGGGCAACGGUGCUGUGACUGACCCUCCCACUCAACCCCUUCCUAUAAACAACCAGACUUCAUCCACAGAGCAAGGCCUUAACUACAUAGACUUGGACUUGGCCAGCAAAGAGGCCCCCCAUCUGGGUUUGGAUGGGCCAUCAGGAAGCCAGGCCGCCUCUCGCCUCUUCUCCCUGCUCACCGGAGGCUCUGGCGUCAGCGGGGUCGGGACAGCAGUCGGGGGCAACAACGGCUCCAGUCUGAACACGUACGCAAGCAUUGACUUCUACAAAUCUGAAGAGCUGCGAACACAAAGUGGAAGCAAGGAGGGAACAGAAUGCUGAUGUCAUAUCGCCAACCUUGUGGAAACAAUCUGGUACGCCUCAAGGAGCGUUGAAUGCCCCGCCUGUUCCUGUCGGACAUCCAAUCACAUCAAAAGAGAGCAGCUGGAAAAGGACACGCCCCUCAAGCACUUUGACAUAGACUGAUGGAUUUUUCCUUGUUGGCUGUGAAAACCAACAUGCGUGUGUGCCAAAAGACUUUGAAACAAAUAUAAAUGCUGCUCUCAUUCCGUCAGUUAAAGCCAAUUACAGAAUGGUACAAAAGAUAUAGAGAUCAGUGUUUUAUUUCUGGAAAAAAAAAUUGUAAAGAUUAUGAUGGUGGAAGAAUUUAGUUUGUAAAAUAUAUAGAAUUAUAUAUGUCAGCUCAAAAGUGCCUCAUUUUCAGAUCGUAGCCAUUUUACAACUACUUUACUAGUAUUGACUAAAGUGAUUCGCGGUUUCAUGUGGGUUAAAGACAUCGCAGCUCAAGAAUUCAACUUCGAUAGCACCAGUGUGUGCUUUAUAAGUGGCAUAGCGCUCUAUUAGCACUCUGUCUAUGAUUUAAUAACACGGCUAGUGUCUGUUCAAUAGUCAUACAACUUUUCUACUUUUUUACUUUUUAACUUCUUAUUUUGCUGCUGUCCCAAAUGUAAAAGAGCCAUACACUAUAUUUUAAAACAAAAGGCACUUGAACGAAUAGCUUGUAAUUGGGCUAACACAAGCUAUGUCUGAUUAGCAUUUUAGCUUCAUGGCAGCAUUUCUGUCCUGCUAACAGCAGCUCCGGGUGAGACCCUCUGAUAUAGAGCCGAGCAAUCCCAUUAGCGCUGUUAGCUCCAGACACUUGUGUCUCACUUAAUCCUCUUCGUCUCAGGAUGUUCAACAACAUGCGGUACAUACAACCCAGAAUAGACCCUAUCAAUAGCCAUGUUAAUGCUAGCUCUGCCGAGGCCAGCAUUAGUAUGUUUAAGCGUUAAGCACACUAUCACAGCACAAGUAAGGGCUCAGCAGACACAGUUCAGUGGGGAAAAUAUCACUAAAAUGCCAAUUGCUCUCAAAGCUUUUUAAGGUACUAAGCAUUUUAAAGGUAUUUUAAUUUAUUUGACUAUCUGAUUCAAAUUCUUCACUGGCUCUUGUUUUAAUCUGUGCUAUGCAUCAGCACUUAAGUGCCUGUCUGUCCCCGCUCAGCAGCUAGCACUAAUAGGGCUGCCCUAGCAGAAAAUCAAGUUUAUUUUUGUGUCUAUUUUUCUGUACAGAAUGCAUUACAAAUGUUCAUAGUGACUUAUGUAAAGACUUGAUUGACAGCUAUGGCCCUUAUCAGAAGAGUUCUGGCCAAUAUCUUUGUGUUUGAGGACUUUAUCAUUGAGCUGUAUGUGCCAAAUCACAACAGAAAGAAAAAUAAGUGAUUUGUUUUGUCCAAUCACAACCUCAAGAAGUCUAACCUUCAGCUCAAGAUGUACUGUUUGUUUUGUUGUUUGAAAAUGUAAUCUUUUGUGGUUCUGUUUUUUUUUUCUUCUGGAACAGAGGAGAGAAGAGCUGUGACAUAUCUUGCAGUCUGCUUAUGUGACGUGGUGAUAAAGGUCCUUGUGAAGACUUGCAUAUGCUUUAACCUUGAAUUUUCAUACGUCUUUGAGGAUUCAAUAGUAAUGCAUGAUUUGAAAGAAAAGGCCACAGUGCAAACUAAAAAUACUACUCACUUGUCUGUCAAGUUCCACGUUGUACUUGUGUGUUUGCCUGUCUGCCCGAGGAGUUUCCUGGUCACAUGACUGGUGAAGGCUUUUGUGAUCCAAUGCAGCUCUUUUUUGUGCUACAUAUUUGGUGCACCUACUUAUUAAUACAGACUUAAAUGGGAGAUUUCAGUGUCUUUUUUGAAGGCAAACACGUGAUUUUUCUUCGGCUGUUAACACUUUUGGUUAUAAAAUGUAUUCUAAUUUGCAGCUUAAGUGUAACAUAUCAUUACUCAAGCUCAGGCAACUGUGGUACAAGCGGCUGUAUGAUUUCACUCAAUGCAUUUAUAGACAUUUAUAAAAUACGCAGAAGUGUGCUGCUCAUGUUUGACUCAUUUAUCUCUUGUUUUCCAGAGGGAUGGUACUGAAUGGGAAUAAUGUAAGAUUUUGCCAUUGAUGUGUAGACAGUUCUUUGUUGCUUGGUAAAAAUCUGACUAAACGAAUGAAUUC